UUCCUGUGCGCAGCGUCCGUCUCGGGGUGUGUCGCUGUUGACGGAGCCUCCUGUUCUCUCUCUGUAGUUUAGUGGAACUUGCUCAGCCCGAAUCCUCCCACUACUUCCCUGGCUGCUGUCGCCUCACGUUGGUAGAAGAUGUUUUUUGCCAAAGCACUCUUCAAAGGCGUCAUUGAUGUUGUGAGCAACAUCGACCCAGCCCAGUUUGUGCCUUCUGAGCCUCCUCCUCCACGUAGACCACUUGCAUAUGCAGAGCAGCAUGAGAAUGAUGAGGAGAAACAGUUCCGCAAGGUCUUCCAGCAGCUCGCUGGAGAUGACAUGGAAGUGAGCCCCACUGAGCUCAAGGACAUCCUGAAUAAAAUCAUUGGAAAGCAUGGAGAUCUGAAGACAGAUGGUUUCAGCAUUGAGUCUUGCAGGAGCAUGGUGGCAGUCAUGGAUAGUGACAGCACAGGGAGACUCGGCUUUCAUGAGUUCAAACACCUCUGGAACAACAUAAAGAAAUGGCAGGGAGUGUAUAAGACUUACGACACAGAUGGAUCUGGUGUCAUUGGUGAAGAUGAGCUGCCCGAUGCUUUCCGAGCUGCAGGUUUCCCCCUCAAUGACCAGCUGUUCAAGAUGAUAAUUCGCAGAUACAGCGAUGAAAAUGGCAACAUGGAUUUUGAUAACUACAUUGGCUGCCUUGUGAGGCUGGAUGCAAUGUGCCGUUCCUUCAAAACCCUGGAUAAAGAUAACAAUGGGACUAUCAAAGUCAAUGUCCAGGAGUGGCUUCAGUUGACCAUGUACUCUUGAGUCCAGACGACGUCUCUCCUGCUUGUUAUACGGAACCACUUUAUUUCUCUACACAAUACAAUACUUUAUCAACUAUCCUUACUCCAUACUUCCUGUGAUAAUCAGAAAAUCCCCUGUGCGUGCUUGUUUGGAAUAUUAAUGCAAUGAGUGUUGGGGGACUCUUUGUUCUGUAGUACUUGCCAGAAAAAGGUACAAACCUGCACUUACAAAGGUACCCCUAGCUGAAUACUCAGGACGAGUUUGAAGCCAAUAUAAUUCAAUUAAAAUAUGGUAGUAUGUUGAAUUGGUUUUUGUUCAGCCUUUAGAUUUGCCUCUUCCCACAAGUCAAAAUCAGCCUAAUAACCAACAAAAUUUGAAAAUCUAAUGUGAAAGCAGGAAUCUCUCAUUCUAAUGUAGCUGGGGCUGGUUUUACAAAGAUGGGUUAAGGAACAUUCACAUCCUCUGUCAACGCUGUGUCAGCUGCUGAAAUACAGGAAAAGCUACGACACUCAUCACUUUCAAAAAUCUUCCACAAGGCACACUCGAGGUUACCUCAGGUGAAUGAUUCCUUUUUAGGGUAUGUAGCUGCAAGCUUGGUCGGCCAUGUUUUGUAGAUCAAGUAGCUAUCACCUAUUUUUCUUCAUUGGCUCAUGACUGUGGGUGUAUGUAAACUACAUGAUGGAUAUCUCCGUCUAUCUACUGUUAGCGCCUGUUGGGGCAGGACAGUUUGAAUAUUUGUAGCAUUCAUGCAAAAUUUAUGGAAAUUAUUGGCCUUACAAAAGCUCCACCCCACCUCCACCUGUGGACAAACCAGUUUCCUCACCAAAUGGAACAAGCUAUGACCGUGUGCAGGUCUUUACAGAGAUUGUUGAUUUAAACAUUCGAAGAAUGUGCCCUUUAAGUUUAAAGGCUCUGCUCACCCACAGGUGUUUUCAGGUAUUUUGCCGGAGGUAGAGUUCUGUAGAAGCUGAAGUUGGGUGACCCUAUUGUGAGAAUUACAUGAGGUCACCAAAUCCCAUGUACUAACAGUUGCUUCAUGUAUAGUUUUACAUGGCUGUGUUGCUUUUGACCAGUCUCUGUGAAAGUCCCUGUGGUCCAUCCACCCUGACUAGAAUAGUUGAGAGACAGCCAUGUAAAAUUAUAUAUAAAUUGUCUGUCUUACUUUUUGUUAAACCUCAUUAUUAAGUCUCUGUGAAACCAGGCCCAAUACUACUGAAUGAGAGAUAGUUCACUAAAACCUUCGAGUCUGCUAAUUUAAAUUAAGUGAAGAAGGUGAUGGGUUAUGGUUUGUUUGCACCACAGCCUGUCACAGGCAGAUCUUGGUUUGAUUAUUUGUACACAUGUUUAUUGUGCAUCAGUUACAUUGGUAUAAUAAAUGCAUAGUGGACAGUGAUACUGAUGCUUUCUACAGCCAGUAGACCAUCUUAACAAAGAAGUUAUAUCUAAAAUCCCAAAUGUUCUUUAAAGUCACCUAAUAUUAGAGGCAGUACGCUAAUAUAUAUUUCAGUUUACCCACAUCUAUAUCUUCUUUCUAAUAAUAAUGAGGGACAAUGUUGUAGUUGGGCAGGCUGAUAUUUAGCUUUUUAAUAUUGAUUCUAGCAGUGCAACUUUGCAAUAGCAUUCUGUUUGUCUUCACUUCCUGAUCACAUUAUCACUUCUCACUGUUUACUGUGCCUGCGCCAGAUAGUGCCAGCACUGUGUGAAUUUAUCAUAUAUAACAGAUGUGUAUGCCACUAAUGCAUGCAGCCAAUUGAAAAGAGGAUUGCAAAAGUUUUUUUUAAACCAAGCCGUGGUCAUUUAACUGUUACUGAAAAUGUUUGGUAAAAUACAUAUAUGUGCCAUAUUUGAAAUAAAUGGUAACUUAAAUGUG